AUGAGAAGAGAUAAUCAGAGCACUUCAUCUGAAUUCAUCCUCUUGGGGCUCCCUAUAAGGAAGGAGGAGCAAGGCAUGUACUAUGUGCUGUUCCUGGUCCUGUACCUGACCACAGUGCUGGGGAACCUGCUCAUCAUCCUGCUCAUCAGGCUGGACUCCCGCCUCCACACCCCCAUGUACUUCUUCCUCAGCCACUUGGCUCUUGCUGACAUCUCCUUCUCAUCAGUCACAGCUCCAAAGAUGCUCACGAAUAUGCUGACUCAUAGCCAAUCCAUCUCUUAUGCUGGGUGCAUUUCACAGGUAUUCUUUUUCUUAUUAUUUGGUGGAGUUGACAGCUUCCUUCUCACUUCAAUGGCCUUUGACAGGUAUGUGGCCAUCUGUCAUCCCCUCCACUACAACAUAAUCAUGAGUCAUAUCCUCUGUGUCCUGAUAGUAAUUUUGUGCUGGCUCCUAUCCUCUGGCGCUUCCCUUGUGCACACUCUCCUCCUAGCCCGUCUCUCUUUCUCUAGAGACAAUACUCUCCAUCACUUUUUCUGUGACCUUGUUGCCUUACUUAAGCUGUCCAGCUCAGACACUACCAUCAAUGACCUGGUUAUUCUCAUUGUAGCAUCAAUGGUUGUUACUCUGCCAUUCAUGUGCAUUCUGGUGUCUUAUGGCCACAUUGGGGCCACGAUCCUGAGAGCUCCCUCCAUUAAGGGAAUCUGCAAAGCCUUGUCCACAUGUGGUUCUCAUCUGUCUGUGGUCACUCUCUACUAUGGAGCAAUUAUUGGGAUCUUCUUUUUUUCCUCCUCCAAUAACACUAAUGACAAGAAUAUCAUUGUCACUGUGUUGUACAAUGUGGUCACACCCAUGCUGAAUCCCUUCAUCUACAGUCUGCGGAAUCGGGAUAUGAAAGGAGCUCUCAGGAAUCUCCUCAGUAGAGGAAGUUUGUCAAUGUGA